UUUACGGUUAAGUUUAUCGAGUACUUUAACUACCACACUGAGCUGCUUCCAUUACGGUUUUCAUACGAAUAAUAACAGUCAUUAAGAACGAGAAAUAUGACCUCUAAUACGCGUAUUUAUACAUUAUAUCUGUUAUGGAUGGUUUAUGCUCCCUUUCCCUGCUGCGAAUGCAUAAUCGGUGGUUCCGAUGUGGAGUCAGAACGGGAACACUCGUUUCUGGUGGCUGUGGUAAGGCGGAAAUCUGAACAAAUUUGCGGCGGCACGGUCAUCAAUCCCUGGUUUGUCUUGACGGCUGCCCAUUGUUUGUGCGAGGAUGGCGUUCUCGACACGCGUCCAACUGUAGUUACCGUCCAGCAUGCACGGAUCUGGUCAGGAAACGCACUCUCUCAUCUCCAGCCGGUCUCAGAUGUACAGGUCCAUUCUGGAUUCAGUUGCGACGAUUUCGAUUUUGCAAUACCCAAAGAUGAUAUGGCACUGCUGGAGCUCUACACUCCACUUCCAGUGAAACCCAUCAGUCUGCGUUCCAUAUCAUGGGAGGAACUGGCCAAUCAGCGCGUGGAGUUGGCCGGAUGGGGUGCAACAGUUGCCGGUGGCGAAAGUAUGAGCACCAUUCUGCGUACAGUAGAGACGGAAGUGGUGCUGCCGAACGAGUGCCGGGAUGCAGUUCGUGAGUACCAGAACUUGACGUCCAGUCCAGGGAGGGACGGCGAGGACGGCGACCACGAUGACCACAAAAAAUUUGCCGACAACCUGAAAUACUACGAAGAAAGACAACUUUGCACCAAAGGCUUUGUGGACGAUCACCCCGCUGAUUCCGCGAAAGGUGACAGUGGCGGUCCGGUCAUAUUGAGAGUUCCUGGACAAGAACCAGUUUUAAUAGGAGUUAUUUCCAGCAGUAUCAAUGCAACGACCGGCGAUAUGAACAGUCCCGGUGUCAACGUGAAUAUCACGUAUUAUAAAGAAUGGAUUGCUGAGGUCACACAAGCGAGUCGGGGUAUAGACAUUUGCGGUAUGAAGAACGGGACUCUGGUGGAUACUGCUCCAGUGAAACAUUUCACGUUCUACGCAAUUGACUGGAUGAAAGUACUGGAGAGCGUCUAUACACCAAUAUCCGUCUUAUUCCUAUUGGCCAUUUUGGCAGUGCCAAGCACGCAACAAAAUAUCCAUUUGCUGUCAAAGCAGUGGUGGUCGAAAUGGCUCAGUGUAUCAGCGGUUGACAUUACAAAAAGCACUUUGUAUUAUGCGACUGCCUGGAUGGUACUAAAGUUAUCGACAAUUUACGCCUUGUGCAUUCAAAUUGAUCCGUCGUUUUGGGAGGAAUCUGGACGAAUGGUCAAUCUGCUCGUAUGCUUUAUCACCGAAAUUCUCGUUCUGUCCGCCAAAUAUGCAUCUGUAAAACUGCUGGAAACAGACAAGCAGAUUUUUCACAACAAUCCAAAUUCAGGAAGUCGUACGAUGAACGUGACGUCAGCCAACCAUACCGUCGAGGAGAUCGAUAUAACGAGCCAUCGCGACAAGGUCAUCGUGUAUGUCGACCGCUUGAGGGAAUUUGCAGCAAUGUUUAACGACAGAAGCUGUCAACAUGUCGUCAUGCUACAAGAUGAAUUUCUUUUCAAAACGGCAGUGCUAGGACAGUCCAUCUUACGGUUUUCAACCAACAAAUGGAACGAAUCUAUGCAAUUUGUACCGAUGGGAACAAAGCAUGCAUUGACGGCCGAUGGAAUAGCGAACAAACCGGGGAACAGCGAUGUCAUUCGUUACGGUAGCCAGAUAUUGGACGGACUAGUGUACUUGCAUACCAAAGGGAUCGUUCACGGCGCACUGGAUCUAACAACGGUGUUUGUUAAUGAUGCUCAAGAAAUCAAAAUUUUUGGGUACUUAGACAGUGUUCAGCGCAGUAUACUCGGAGUAACCUACAAAAUGGAUCCAAGUCUGUGGGAAGCCUUCAUGUCACCGGAAAGCCUUCUCGAUUUUACACAACCCGAUGCAGCUGACCGGCAAGCCGUCACCUCCAAAACCGAUAUGUGGAGCUUCGGAUGUAUCAUGGUUUAUCUGUUGACGGACACAUUUCGAUACAGUUUCGACAAAAAACACAACCGCCGAAACUUUCAGAUCAAGUUCAUAAAAAAUGGUAAAGAUUGUAUCGUUUGUACCCCGGGAGGUGUUUCUGAUACUGUCAAGGCAAAAGGUCAUCUGAACUAUGACGCUGUUGACAAUGGACCUUUGCGCAAAAUCUUAGAUAGAUGCUUCUCUUUUGAUCCAGCACAUAGGGAAAAUGCUCUGACUGUCAAACAAGCAACUUAUUUCAGAUAAUAUUUGUUUGCCUAGAUUGCAAUAAUUAACGUUUAUGGCCCAGAGAAACUUGUUGUUUUUUUCUAUGUACAAAGCGGGUCUGCCCGCACGUUUCCUAAAAAGAUCUAGA